AAUAACAAAUUGUAUCCCUUCUGCAAUUCAAGAUAAAGCAAGAGAGUGCAUGUGAGAGCACGUUAAAAUCUCAAUUCUGAAAGGAAAAGAAUCGCACAGAAAGAGGAAAAGGAAAUCACGCGUGUCGUUGCCCAAGAAAAGACGUCUACGCGUCUACACGUUUGCCGUAGCACCUGGUUGCACCCCCGCGGAUUCCGCGGCGACGAAACGGCGCGGUCGCAAUAUCGAGCGACCCGGUGACCUCUCCAGUCGGUGGAAUUGAUUAUUUUCAGGAGAGAGAGAGGUCCCCACUUUGAAAUAUACGUAACGUCAGCUCGGCGUGACGCCGGCUAAGUAGUUCAUCAUGGAAAGCCGCUCGGGUAGCAUAAAGGACCCGAUGUAUUAUCCGGAGAACGACGGCACGUCGAGCGGCGGCGGCGGCAGCGAGCAACAAGACAAGAGUCAGCGCAGCUCCCUCGGCAGCCAGGAAAUCAGCCUGGACGAGAACAACGCUCAACUCAAGGUACCGCGCAAAUUCAUCACCAAUUGGCGGCAGGCGUGCGAUCGUACGCGAGACCGGACCAAGGACCUUCUCAAGAGAUGGAGAACGACCAGCAGCAACGUCGACGAGAUCGCCGUCGCGCCCGUUGUCGCCCCCGAGCUGGAGCAGCCCAGCUGGAGCGUGCACGUCUGGACGACCUGGGUGAGCCGCUUUCCGAGCGACGAAAGUUUAUCCGCCAUUGACUUCAGCAAAAGCGGUGGCUCGGAAGCCUUAGCUUCCAUUCAGCGUGAUAAAUUCUCUCACUUUUUUACGUACCUCUUAGACCACGACAGAGACGGUUACGUCAACAGGAAGGAUUUUGCACUACUCUCCGAGCGUUUGAGAAGAUUCGCGGACUGGUCGUGGAACGGUCCGGAGUAUCUGAGGCUUUUGGAGAUCGAGAAUGGAUUCGCCGGAUUGAUCCUCUCCCAGGAUAAAAAGGGGUCCGUGGACCCGGAUAAGAGGAUCAGUCUCGACGAUUGGUUAGCGUGGUGGGCGCAGAUCGUCGCACCGCCGGACGGCGCCAGUUACAACGAUAUGCCAUUCUGGAUCAAAGUCAUGCCCAGAGUGUUUUUCCUCGCCAUAAACAGCUCCGGGAGCGGGAUGAUCAGCAAGAAGGAGCUCGCGGCCUUUUACGGAUCCGUGGUUGGUCUGGACACCGACAGGAUAAACAAGUGCCUGGAUAUCGCGUACAAGUCUAUGACUUCGAAUGGAGACCAUCCCCUUGGCUGGGCGCAGUAUCAAUUAGUGUUCGCCAAUUUCCUGUUCGGCCGCGGCCCGUUCGGUCCGGGGGAGCAUUUCCUGGGCAUGACGGACUCUUGCAUGAUUCGCGGUAAUACCAUACCGUUCCCCAUCGAUUAUUCCGCGAUGAACACACCGCGGGACAAAUUAGAGGUGUACAGUCCCCAUUGCAAGAGCAACCGGCGGAGCGUCGUAGUCUAACGGCGAAGCCGUCGUGGGAGAGAGUUCCUUCUCAUUAGUGAUGCAACGUGCACAAUCAUUCCUCGAGUGCCUAAUACCGUGUAUCAUAUGCCGUAUGUGUUUGAUAUAAAUUUUAGUCAGUCGCAGGAAGAUCUCGAUGUGAAAGGAUCGAAGGAAAUUAUCAUGUCCGUUUUGCACAAGUAUUUUGAUGAACAAAAAGCUCGAUAACACAUAAUUAAUGGUACCACAUCGUGAACACCAUCUCACUGCCAUUUACCAUUUAUGAAAGCAGCGUGAGUACAUCCUUCACACAUAGCAAGCGUAAGUGUCUUUUAAUUUUAAAAUACAAAUUAUAGAGUACGGAACAAAACACAAUGAGUGCUGGAUCGCUUCGAAAAAGAGAAACGCAAUGUAACGUCGAAGCGAAAUUCACGAAAUUUUUAUCUCCAUGGCACGUGUAGGAAUGUCAUGCCGUUUAACGAAAUAAAAAGAGACUGUGACGUACUUACAAAAUUUAUUUCAAGCGCUUGGCACUUAGUACUUUGUACACGUCCAAGUCGCCACGACACAUGGAUGAUAUUACGUGAGAGAGACGUGAUUUUUGCGCGACGUAUCGAUCAUCGAUACGCACGACGACGAGCAGUUACUAUGUAAAACGAUUAUUGUUGGCUACGAAUAAUGAUAAAACAACGACGA